CAUACUGUUGUUUUAUGAUCAGCCAGCAUCAAAGGUUUUCACAUUAGCUUUACAUGAAUAUAGAAGAAUGCAGUAUCCUUGAAAACAUUAAGCCAUGUUCAUUCAAACUUAGACGAAGUAACCGUAAUAUUUAAACAAAAUUUGAAUGAUCGCUUAGAGAAGUAGUAAUGGUUGAUCGUGCAUACACGAAAGCUCUUCCAAAAGUUGAGGUGCAUGCACACCUCAACGGUUCCAUUAGCAGAAACACAAUAAAGAAGUUGAUAGCAUAUAAAAAAUCACGGUCUCCUAAUGGAUUUGUUGUACCAAAUGAAUGGGAAUGUUGCAUCUCUGGAGACCAGAAGCUGACUUUGGAUGAGGGUUUCAUGCUUUUCAAAAUUGUGCAUAAGUUGGUCGAUGACACAUAUUCCUUAGCAAUGGUUACGAGAGAUGUUAUCUAUGACUUUUAUAAUGAUGGUGUUCGCUAUUUGGAACUUCGAAGUACUCCAAGAGAAAGUGAAGGAAACAUUACGAAAAGGUUAUAUGUAAAGACUAUUGUAGAUACAAUUGCUGAAACUAUGCAGGAGAUUGAUAUUAUAGUAAGAUUUUUAGUAUCUAUUGAUCGGCGGAAAGAGGUGAAGGAGGCGGAAGAAAUUGUAGAUCUUGCUGUUAAGUUUAAGGAGCAAUCUGAUUGCAUUGUUAUUGGAGUUGACCUUAGUGGAGAUCCAAAAGUAUCUGAUGUUAAAUGUUUUUUACCAUGCUUGUCACGUGCUCGGUUCUCUGGACUAAAAUUAGCUUUGCAUUGUGCUGAGAUUCCAUGUAAAGAGGAAGUAAGGACUCUACUCGAGUUUGGUCCAGAUCGCAUUGGACAUGGUACUUGUAUAUAUCCUGAUAAAGGUGGUCAUCAAGAUCUAGUUAAUCUUGUAUUGAAACAAAAAAUUCCUAUAGAAGUUUGCCUAACAUCAAAUGUUAAAACUCGGACCGUUAAGUCCUACGAAGACCACCAUUUUAAAGAUUGGCUAAAGAUGAACCACCCUCUUAUCAUAUGUACCGAUGACAAGGGAGUAUUCGUAUCGUCUCUUUCCGAAGAAUACUUCAUUGCGGGGAGGACAUUUGGAUUGAGUAAGAUGGAGCUUUGGGAAUUAAGUUAUAAGAGUAUAGAACAUAUAUUUCAGCCGGAUGUUGUCAAACAGAAGCUUCAAGAGAAGUGGAAGAAAUGGAAAGAGCAAAACGUAUAGAUAUUAAAGCAAGAUCUACACAUCUUCAGAAAGUGGACGUGUUUGGUUUAUGGGCCCUUUGUUAAAAAUUAACAUAAGUUAAAAUAUGUUACUACUAGCAAGGAUCAUUACUUAGAUUUUCCUCUAGUUCUUCAAGUUCUUUCAACAAUGCAUCCUUUCUGGCUAA